AUGGAGGGCUGGCCGGAAGGGGAAAACGCUGAGCCUCAUCUCAUCCCACAGCAGCACUACACGCUCUUCCACUCCAUCGACCGCGCCCUCUACACGAUCCUUGCGAUCCACCUCUGCCGCGACCCGGCCGAGUCCCUCCGUGUCGUCGCCCUCCUCCUCUGGCUUGAGCGCAUCGGCUUCCCUUAUGCAGUCAAGACCGUCCUCUCGCUUCCCAAGAUGCUUGUUAGCGACCUCGCCGACGAGGCCAUGGCCUGCCUCAACUUCAUCUUCAAUCACGGCAACUUUUCAGAUGGCGGAGCCGACGUCCCCCUCAUGCGGGGCGUGAUAGGCCGGUGCAUCUCCCUGCGGUUCCUCCAUGAGAACCGGGAGGAUGCCCGCCGAGUGAUCUCCAAGAUUAUCGACACCGUGUGUGUUAGGGCUCUGACUGACAUAAUGCGGGACGCCGUCGCAAUAAGGAACGCUCGUCACAACCCGUCCCCGUCAACGUCCCCAGUCCGCCUCCCGAAUCGACCUGCAUUUCCAGGGAUGCGGCAGCGCAGGAAUGAGAACACGAACGACCCCGUCACGAUCAACCGACAUGUCCCCAUUGGCCAUCAGAGCCGACAGUUCUGGUUCCUCGGGAAAGAGGAGGCCGAGGCGGUGCCGUCCGACGACCGGACAUUAUUCAUGACCUUCUCGAAGGGGUACCCGGUGCACGAGUGGGAGGUGAGGGAGUUCUUGACCAGGGCGUUCGGGGACUGCGUGGAGGCGCUGCACAUGCAGGAAGUGACGGCACGGGAACAGCCACUGUUCGCACGGGUCGUGUUCCGGUCGGCCUCGACGAUCGAGCAAGUGCUCGACCCCUCGGGCAAGGCCAAGUUCAUCAUCAAUGGCAAGCAUGUCUGGGCCCGAAAGUUCGUGCCGAAACGCACGAACGGUCACAGAGCGGUGGUUCAUCAACCUCCUCCUCAGCCUUGUAACUUGCCACCUUAUUUUCCAGACUGA